AUGAGCACCUCGUUCGUGAUCCGCACGCCAUGCUCGUCUGCGAACAUCGGCCCUGGCUUUGACGUGAUCGGUCUGGCCUUGUCUCUUCACCUCGACAUCCACGUCAAGAUCGAUACCACAAAGGAGUCUUCCCCGUUACCGCUCAAUUGCGCCAUCACCUAUGAGGAUCAAAGCAAGUCGACUGAGCAGAUCAGUCUUGAUCCCGAGGUCAACCUGAUCACCCGCGUCGCCCUCUAUGUCCUGCGCUGCCACAACCAGCGCGCAUUCCCUGUGGAGACCUCUGUGCACAUUGUCAAUCCAAUUCCCUUGGGUCGGGGUCUGGGCUCAUCUGGAACAGCCGUCGUGGCUGGUGUAAUGCUGGCGAACGAGGUCGGCAAGCUUGGGUUGAGCAAGGACCGUCUGUUGGAUUAUUGCCUGAUGAUUGAACGACACCCGGAUAACGUCGCUGCCUCCCUGUUUGGAGGCUUCGUCGGAACUUACCUCAACGAGCUCAAGCCCGAAGAUGUGGCGCGCAAGGAAAUCCCAUUGAGCGAGGUGCUGCCAUCCCCAGCCGGAGGCGUCGAUACCGGCAUCAAGCCCCCAGAGCCUCCAUUGGGCAUUGGCCACUACCGCAAAUUUGACUGGGCUCCCGAGAUCAAGGCCAUUGCGAUCAUUCCCGACUUUGUUGUGCCCACUGCAAAUGCGCGAAACGUGCUUCCUCAGACCUACACUCGUGCCGACGUGGUCUUUAACCUCCAACGUGCCGCCCUCCUCCCCGCUGCCCUCGGCAGCUCACCCCCAGACCCAGAUAUGAUCUAUCUCGCCAUGCAGGACAAAGUGCACCAGCCAUACCGCCAAACCCUUAUUCCAGGCCUGACGGAAAUUCUGCAAUCCAUGACGCCCGCCACCCAGCCCGGUCUCUUGGGUAUUUGUCUCUCUGGCGCGGGACCAACCAUUCUGGCAUUGGCGACGGAUCGCUUCACGGAGAUUGCUGAUCGCAUCAUUGCGCGCUUUGCGGGGAACAACAUCACCUGUCAAUGGAAGUUGCUGGAACCUGCUCAUGACGGUGCUACGGUUUCUUCUGAAUAG